UCGAACCCUACAUCUUGCAAUCGGUCACUCUUCGUUCAUUCUUGUAUUUUUAAGAGUUCAUUUUGUUUUUUUUCACACACUCUCUCAUCUGCUCAGACCACUCUUCCAUUUUCAGCAUGAUUCCAACAUUGGCUCGCUGCGUGCUCUCUGCGGACGCCUUCCGCACCUGCUUUACACAUGCACUGGCCUCAGAGCACGAGGAGAUCAUGGGUCUGUUGAUCGGCGAGCUGACUGUCUCCGAGGCAGGCGAGGACGAGUCGCACAUCCACUCUGUUUGCCUGUUCAAGCGCUCCGACCGGCAGAAGGACCGCGUCGAGAUUUCGCCAGAAGAGCUGGCUGCUGCUACAACAGAAGCUGAAAGGCUUUCAGGAAUUGCCGAUCGCGAUUUGCGCGUUUUGGGUUGGUACCACUCCCAUCCCCAUAUCACCGUGUGGCCCUCUCAUGUUGACGUUAAUACUCAAGCUGCGUAUCAGCAAAUGGACAAGAACUUUGUUGGUCUGAUCUUUUCAUGCUUUCACACCGAGCCCAACAAGGCAAAUCGCUUGCAAGUCAUCUGCUUCCAAGCGGUACCCGAACCUUCGUAUCUCAGUUCGACUGGUUCUGGGAAAUUUGUGUCCCGAGAAGUGCCAUUGCAGGUCGUUUCGCCGAACGGACUCACGGCGAGCUUUUCCGACUCCUUGUCGCUUCUAGCGAGCGUCAUGGUUGAAGAAGAGCGAGACUUGUAUUCUCCAGCCAACCAAUCCCCCGAAACGGUCGAAGAGAUCAUGAAUGCAAUCCACAACGGCUCGGUGUUUACAAAGUCCAUGACUGGCAUCGCCGAGAACCUCUGUAUUCCUCUGAUCCGCGUGCUCGAGGCGCAGCUUGGGCGGAAUCACCAGCGAAUGCUUGAAUUGAAUCGGUUGCUCGACAGCCCCGAGUCUGGCGGCCAGCUGCUUGAUAUGUCCGACGUUAUUCAAUGAAGUUUUUUUUGCGUU